UUAACAUCCCAACCAUUUAUGUACUAAUCCCCAGGGGGAAGGCCUGGGAACAAUCUGGUUAUCCUUAUGUACAAUCAGGGGUGGACUGACAACUCAUGGGGCCCCCCCGGGCAAUAGGGGAUCAUGGGGCCCCUGUGUCUUUGCCCAAACUCAAAAAAGCCUAUGAAAAAGGUACCAGGGGCAUCUCAUGGGGCCUCCUACUGACCCCAGGCCCUUGGGCAGUGCCUGAGUUUCCAAAUGGUCAGUCCCCCCUG